CCCACCGAUGCAUGCACAUCCCCAGUGGUAUCACAGUUAACGAACACCAGAAGAACAUCCUCACCACAAAUGAAAAUCUGACCAUUUCCCUGGCAGAGCCCAACAACAAUAACGAAAACAGCAAUAAUAAUAACAACAACACCAACAGCUACAACAACAAUGUGAAGCAGGUGAAGAUGGGCGCCGUCCAGAAAGUGGCCUGGUCGUCACCAGGUGAGGGUGACGCCUGGCAACCAAAUACGGGUGACAGCCGGAGCCAAUGUCAUCCAGUCGCCAUCCGAGUGUUGCCGAUGACUCGCCCGCCGGUUGUAAUAGGUCAGCGCCAGCAACAGCAGCAGCUACCUAGAUCCUUGGCUACCCCCGAAACCACUGCAAUCACAGCCAAAGACGCUGGCAAAACCGCUCCAACAGCCAGUUCCACAGAAAUUAACGGUACAGCAGCAACCAAAGGCGAUCGUGGAACAACAGCUACAGAAAGCGUCCCCGUCGCAGAUACUGCCACUGUAAAACUUCCACAACAGAAGACUUCCCUUGGGUCUUUCCAGCAAACGCAAAAGCCACAAAACUUCAACUUCAACUGCAACAACAGCAAAUAGCUUUCCUGCAACUGCAACAGCAACGAAUAUCCGUAUGACAACUGCAACAGCAACAGGAAGCCAUGAUGGGGCAGUUCCAACAGCAACAGGUGCCAGACCGAUGGGUCUGCUGCGGCCACAACUUCAGCCACAGCUCCUGCAACAAAAUCCUUUGACGCCGACCCCCACGCCGAGAUCACGCCGGUGCCUCCUAACAGUAGAGAGUCAUUCAGGUGAAAGCUUAGUCUGCUGGCGUAGUCAACGCCGCAGCCGCCAUCAUGAGUGCAGCUCGUACUUUGCCCUUCAAAAGCUCAUCCCGGCCACUCUGCCACUACCUUCAACGCAUCUCCAGGGAUUCACAACCAGUGCCACUCCCCCGCAGCGUCUUCUGGCCACUCCGCCACAUUGUGCGGCCGCCUUGAAUGAGCCGCUGCUGCUCAACCUACCGGCGAUCACAAAGCUCUCACGUGGGGCAGAUGUAGCUCAUCAAUUACAAUUACGGUGUUAAAAAGAUUAAUGAAAAAC